UUCAAGAGAGCUUAUCAAGCGUGCAUCAACUGCCGCCGUCGAAAGGUAAAAUGCAUCAUGGAGUGCAAUGGUCAGGGCCUUUUACAAGCAUCCUGCACAAGGUGUAGGAGAGAACUACGCCAUUGCACGUUUAGUGCGGAGAGAAAUUCGCAGACCAACCCUCAAGAGGCCGGAGAUAUGCAAAGGACUGUAAAUCAAAGCGGCUUCCUGCCCAUUGGUACUGCGGAUGAACACAAUUCGAGGCCCGAAACACAUAUCCGUUCGAAUAACAGCAGCUCAAGAGCGCCGGAUCUGACAGAAAGAGCGGGCAUUAAUCUACAAUUUGCAAACCAAGAGUCCAGUUCCACGGCCCAUGUCGCCAUAUCGGAGCCCUGGCUUUCUUUUCGCCACCCACUCUCAUCCUCAUCCCCGGAUACGUUACGGUUUUGGAGCUCAUGGCAUUUUGUGAGAACUGGUCUAAUCACUGCACAAGAAGCAGUCACGUACAUUGAUUUGUUUUUCCAAAACAUGAAUAGCCUGUCCCCAAUCCUUCACUGUUUCUAUAGCAAUCAUAUGAAGCACGGUGAUCUCAUCUCCCGAGAACCUGUCCUUUGCUGCGCCAUAAUUGCGCUUUCGGCACGAUAUCAUGUGUUGGAUGUACACGGCGCCAUUACACGGGGCUUUUAUAUUCACGACCGCUUGUGGGAACACUGCCAAACAUUGUUUCAACGCUUGGUUUGGAAUCAACGGCGAACAAUCAAGGACCAGAUGGCUCACCUUGGUACAAUUGAGAGCCUUUUGUUGGCUGCGGAAUGGCACCCACGCUGUGUCCAUCUUCCUAUCGAGACUGAAUACUGGCAGCCUGAGAUGGCUCUUUCUGAUGAUGAGCAGACGACAUGCCGCAGCAAAGGUGCGAAAUGUCCCGCUUUGCCAAACAAAUGGCUACAGGAUGUGGAGGAAGCCGCUCAUAGAUCAGAUCGCAUGUCUUGGAUGCUCCUUGGAAAUGCUUUAUCUCUAAGCCACGAAUUAGACAUCUUUUCUGACCAAGAUGAUGCCCUAGCAGAUGUGCUUGAUUCAGCGUCUGAGCUGUCAUUUACAAAUUUCCUUCAUCUCCGGCGUCAUCGAGUGGGUAAACUUUUAUUCGUAUAUAUAAGCCAGCUUGCUUCACGAAUUGGUUGUUCCUUACCAAGAACGCCGUUUCACGAUAGUGUGUUGCGCUCAUUCCAAAACCCCGAAUCCAAGUUGGACCAUGAGUGGCACGAAUGCAUGACUUCAUGGAUAGAACUCAGCCGGCUGAUAAGGACAUCAUCCGACUUCCUCUUUCCCUCGAAGAAAGUGACGCAGGAGCUCUUACGGAGCGGCCGGUAUGCAGCCUUUCUGGGGCAUUUUCGCCCACUACUUUCCCAGUGGUGGGAUAGGUUCAAGAAGCAUGCAAACAAGGCCACUUGCUGGCAGCUCAUACUGGUUGAUUAUCAUUUUGUGCGAGUCUACAUCAACUCUCUGGCAUUGCAAGCCGUUGCAGGACGAAUGUGGAAAGAUGACGGGCGAAUGAGUAGUUCACAGGCCAAGGAUCGCCAGGAUUCCGACUUUGUUCGUGAAGUCAUCGAUGCAAGCAGUAGAGUCCUGGAGAUUGUGAUCGAACUGUCUCGAGAUGGCAACUUAAAAUACCUGCCCGUCCGCAUAUUCAUUAGGGUUGCUUCUGCCUCGAUGUAUUUGAUUAAUGCUCUAGCGCUGGGUGUACGCGGUAACGAGUUGGACCGGUUGUUGGGUUUGCUAGAUCGUACAGUUGAAGUACUAUGCCUAAACGCCGUCGAUGACGUGCAUCUCGGCUUUCGAUAUGCUGUACUAUUGAAAGAGAAUACGAGGGGUCUCCGGGAACGCUUCGUC